UACGUCGGCUAGGCUUUUUAUUCUAGCUUUGGAAGAUUUUCGAAAAAUAAUUCGUAUUUUAAUCCUUCGAUCAAUUUAAAAAUAUUGAUUACACGCACAGAUAAAUAGAACGAUGUUUUGUGACGUUGUAUCUGCUGUAUUAUUUACUAUUGAUGCAGUUUUGCAAUCGAAUACAAAUACAAUUGACAUUUGUUAUUUAAAAUAUGUGACAGAUUCAGGGGAACAACAACAACAAACAACACAUUUGGAGAAUAGUCAUACAAAUAUUGACACAAAGAGGAAAAAUAAUAACAAAUAACUUGAAGUGUUUAAAUAAAAUAAUUAGAUAAAUGAAUGGCAUUAGUUGGGAGCAUUUUCUAUGUGAUAUCAAACAAAUUCAAAACAUUUCACAGCAUUUGAAUGACGAUUGGGAAAUUGUUUCUGUUAAUAAUGAAGUGAGCGGCACAUAUCUUACGAAGACAAUAUCAUUGCCAUUUGCAAUUGAAGGAGGUUCAAAUGAAAUAAUCGAAAGAACAAUUCAACCACCAAAUAAAUUUGAAGAAGAAGACUAUCUAUCGUUCGAAUCACCAUCGCAAGCAUCGAAUUCUAUAACAAAACAGUUGCUAAAAUUUGAGUACCAUGUACUAUACCAUAUCAGCUAUGCGGUUCCAUAUUUAUGCUUUAAUGCUUACAAAUCCAACGGUUCACUGUUGACGUUAGACGAAGCUUGGAAAAUAUUCAACGAUUUUGGUCCAUUGAAAUCGAAUCCAAUUCAACAAAAUAUGUUAAAUAUUUUGACUCAAAUGGAACAUCCAAUUUUAUUUAAACCAUUUUUAACAUUACAUCCAUGCCGAAUAGCCGAAGUACUUCAUUCAUUACCUCAUAGUCAGAACAAAGUGUUAAGCUUUUUAAGUUCAUACGGUCCAACGAUAUAUUUAACAUUCGAUUUAGAGUAUGCAAACCAAAUAGAAAAUAAUAAUAAAGAAACAAACAAAUUUACCUGAAAACGAA